AUGUCAUCAACUAUCCAAACUGUUACAGAACAAGCUUCCAAUUUACACAUUUCAGGAACACCACCAAUCAGACAUGCUUUGAGUGAUGUCGUUAAGACUGAAGACUGGAGUGAUUUUGCCUUUGCUCCAAUCCGUGAAUCUACUGUCUCAAGAGCCAUGACUUCUCGUUAUUUCAAAGACUUGGAUAAAUUUGCGGUUUCAGAUGUGGUUAUUGUUGGAGCUGGUUCUUCAGGUCUCUCUGCUGCUUAUGUCCUUGCAAAGAAUAGACCUGAUUUGAAAAUUGCUAUUGUUGAAGCCAAUGUAGCUAGUGGUGGAGGUAGUCACUUGGGUGGUCAAUUGUUCUCUGCUAUGAUCAUGAGAAAACCUGCACAUUUAUUUUUGGAAGAAGUUGGUGUUGAAUAUGAAGAUGAAGGUGAUUAUGUUGUUGUCAAACAUGCUGAAUUAUUCAUCUCCACAAUCAUUUCAAAAGUUUUAAGCUUUCCAAAUGUAAAGCUAUUCAAUGCUACUGCUGUUGAAGAUUUAGUUACCAGAACUCAUCCAGAGACAGGUAAUAUCACAGUUGCCGGUGUCGUUACUAACUGGACCUUGGUCAGUUUAAAUCACGAUACUCAAUGUUGUAUGGAUCCAAAUGUCAUAGAAUUAGCUGGCUAUAAGAAUGACGGUUCUCGUGAUGAAAAUGUUAAGCACGGUGUUGUUUUGUCAACAACUGGCCAUGAUGGUCCAAUGGGUGCUUUCAGUGCUAAGAGAAUUGUUUCUAUCGACAAGAGAAAAUCUUUAGGUGGUAUGAGAGGUUUAGAUAUGAAUGCUGCUGAAGCCGGCAUAGUUAAAUACUCUGGUAAAUACGAUGGUGUUGAUGGUAUCUAUUUUGCUGGUAUGGAAGUUGCAGAGUUGGAAGGUACCAACCGUAUGGGUCCAACUUUUGGUGCAAUGGCUGUUUCAGGUAUCAAAGCUGCAGAAGAGAUCUUGAAGCAUUUUGCUUCUUAG